UCUUGAGUUCAGAUACGAAUCCUUCGUCAUUGUUCACCAAAGAAAAAAAAAUUAUUUUUUUGAAUUUUUAAUUUCGUUCAUAUAAGGUGAAAUAUUAAUAAAGAGUGUUCUUAACGUAAAAAAGUGUAGAAAAUUUUUCCCUAAAAGGAAAAUUAAUUUUUUUUUUCUGAGACUAAAAAAAAGGUGAAGAAGAAAUGACAUUAAAUAUGCGAGACAGUAACGGUGUGGUCGCAACGAAGAAUUCGUAUUGUCUGACGGGUGUAACAUGGUCCUUUAUCUUCAUGUUGGUUUUCUGUUUCGCCAGUUGUGCUGCAGUUUCAGGUUCUUGUUUGAGCUAUGGGCACUCUUGUUGGGGUGCUCACGGAAAGCGGAGUGGCAGUAAUUUUGGUUCGAAUAACUUACGAGUAAACGAAGAUAACAAAAAUAUUGUUUUACCAUUGGUAAACGAUCAGUGGAUGUUGUCUCCAUUGAUUAAUAAACGACAUCCGAUGCCGUCGACUGGAAAAUAUCGAGUUAGAUGGAUGAAUAUAUUCAAGGGUAAAAGUUUGCCUCGCGACUGGGAUAGUAACGAAUCAAUUGCUUCGAAGGAGGAAAAUGAUAUUACGAGGCACAUAAAUUUUGGAUUGCCCAGUGAUCAGAAUGAGAGAUUUGUGAAAAAUACCGAAAGUAGUGAGGAAUCAAAGGAAUCAGAGGGAAUUGUACACGAGGCGACGGAACCAUUUGUCAAUGACGAUAGUGAAGAAAUUAUUUUGCUUCCCAAACAUCGGGAGACAAAUGACAAUUCAAGACAAUUUAGAUUCAUGAAAAUAAUGCGCAACAGGAAUGCUUAAUAAAAACAUAGUCCUCUUAUUCUAUAAAAUAAUUAGAUGCUGAAUAAUUCUUUAAGUCAGCGGGGAAAAAGGGGUGGGGGGGGGUUGGGCCAGAUAAAUUGUUUCCAACUGGUUCUUUAAAGAAAAAAGAGUAAUGAUUUUUUGCAAAAUUUGAAAAAUUCUACAAAACGCGACAAAAAAGGGGAAAAUAUGAUUAAAUAAUGACAAAAAAAAAUUAAUUAACUUGUAGACUCUUUAAGAAAAAACUCUCUUUGGACUGAUACUUAAGAAUCUUUUAAAUAUAAAAAUAUAUAAUUGCGAGGAGAUAUAAAAAAAAGUCUCUAAAUGCACGUACUAUCAUCAUAAGUCGUUUCACGAUACUCUCUAAAUUAUUAAAUAUUUUUCUAUUAUUUAAAAACUAUGUUUUUUUCCUUUCCCUAAAUUUAUUAUUUAUUUUAGAAUUU